CUUUUCUGAGAGCGCCUUGCUCGAUCUGUUUUUUCUGUUCUGUUUUUUGAGAGCGCGUUACUGAAUCUGUUGCAUGUAUACGCCGCAUACAUUCGGUGCCACCUCCAGGCUCCAGCUAAUACCCCGCGGUUGGAUGUACUCCUGUCAAACCCGUAUAUAAUAGCGGCGACCCUCUAGCUCUUGCCUUUGUGCCUUCCAAACCCCAACCCAUUGACCAUCCAAGACUCAGCUUAGCAGCCGCAAAAUGGCGAGAGGAGGUCUCGCCCCGGCGGCCGGCGGCGACCGGAUCCGCGGCUACGGCGGCGGCCGCGUGACGCUCUCCGUGGUGGUCACCUGCCUCAUGGCCGCCUCCUGCGGCCUCAUCUUCGGCUACGACAUUGGCGUCUCAGGCGGCGUCACGCAAAUGGAGUCGUUCCUCGAGAAAUUCUUCCCGGAGGUUCUCAAGGGGAUGAAGGGCGCCAAGCGCGACGCCUACUGCAAGUACGACAACCAGAUGCUCACGGCGUUCACCUCCUCGCUGUACAUCGCCGGCGUGCUGUCGUCGCUGGUGGCUAGUAGGGUGACCAGGAGGGUGGGCCGCCAGGCCGUCAUGCUCACCGGCGGCGCCCUGUUCCUUGCCGGCUCCGCUGUCAACGCCGCCGCCGUGAACAUCGCCAUGCUCAUCAUCGGCCGGAUGCUGCUCGGCUUCGGCGUUGGGUUCACAGCGCAGGCGGCUCCGCUGUAUCUCGCCGAGACAUCGCCAGCCAAGUGGCGCGGCGCCUUCACCAGCGCCUACCACGUCUUCCUCGUCAUCGGCACGGUGGCAGCGACCGUCGCCAACUACUUCACCAACCGCAUCCCGGGAUGGGGCUGGCGGGUCUCCCUCGGCCUGGCCGGCGUGCCGGCCAUCGUCGUUGUGCUGGGCGCCCUCUUCGUCCCGGACACUCCCAGCAGCCUCGUCCUCCGCGGAGAUCCCGACAGGGCACGCGCGGCGCUCCAGCGCAUCCGCGGGGCGGACGCCGACGUGGGCGACGAGUUCAAGGACAUCGUCCUCGCCGUGGAGGAGGCUCGCCGGAACGACGAGGGCGCGUUCGAGCGGCUGCGCGGCAAGGGGUGCCGGCACUACCUGGUGAUGAUGGUGGCCAUCCCCACUUUCUUCGACCUCACCGGCAUGAUCGUCAUCACCGUGUUCUCGCCGGUGCUGUUCCGGACCGUGGGGUUCGACAGCCAGAAGGCGAUCUUGGGCUCCGUCAUACUCAGCCUCGUCAACUUGUUCGCCGUCGUCGUGUCCACCUUCGUCGUGGACCGUGCCGGCCGCAGGUUCUUGUUCCUCGCCGGCGGCGUAGCAAUGAUGCUCUGCCAGGUGGCGGUGGCGUGGAUACUGGCGGAUCAUCUGGGGAGGCAGCACGCAACGACGAUGGCGCGGAACUACGCCAAGGGGGUGCUGGUGCUCAUGUGCCUGUACACGUGCAGCUUCGGCAUGUCGUGGGGGCCGCUCAAGUGGGUGGUGCCGAGCGAGAUCUACCCGGUGGAGAUCAGGUCGGCGGGGCAGGCCAUGACCGUCUCCAUCGCGCUCAGCCUCUCCUUCGCGCAGACGCAGGUGUUCAUCACCUUGCUCUGCGCCAUGAAGUACGCGAUAUUCAUCUUCUACGCCGGCUGGGUCCUGCUGAUGACGCUUUUCAUGGCGGCGCUCCUGCCGGAGACCAAAGGCGUGCCGCUGGAGGCCAUGAGGACGGUGUGGGCCAAGCAUUGGUACUGGAGGAGGUUUGCUGGAGAUGCCAAGCAGGACAGCCAGGUCAACUGCCUGUGAAACGUACGUACGAUAAUGUAUAGCGAGUAGCGAGUGUGAACGGACUCAAAUCAUUGGUGCGCAGGCCGCAGGGUAUAUUGUGGUUAGCAUAUUAUAGUUUCAAAAAAGCUAGACUUAUUACGGAUGGUAUUAUGGUA